ACUCUAAAGUUAGCAGUAUCCAUUGAUGGGAUUUUUCUUUUUCAUUUUCUUGUGAAAUUUUAAAAAAUAGAAACUGCUAAAAGCUUCAGUAGCUACUAAACGUAGCAGAGAAGUGAGUAAAUCAAAGAAAGAAAAAGAAAAGGGGGAAGAAUGCUGCAACUCCAAUUCUUAUCUUCUCCCCCACUCUCAGCCCAAACCUUAAACCCCAACUCCAACACCAAGCUUUUAUCUUCUUUCUCUUGGCUCAAGUCUACCCAAACCCUUGCCGUUAAACUUAAUCCUCUGUCUUUAACCCCAAAACCCUCCAAGUUUUCUCUCACAUCCCGCCAAUCAGAGUACUUUGAUCAACAACAGAGGUUCAGUAACUCUUCUUCCACUGCAUCGCCGCCAGCCUCAGGGUUGCCACCGAGGUUUUAUGUCGGUCAUUCAGUUUACAAAGGGAAGGCUGCUCUUACUGUGGAGCCGAGGGCCCCUGAGUUUGUGCCCUUAGAUUCUGGGGCAUUUAAAAUAUCUAGGGAAGGUUUUGUGCUGCUACAGUUUGCACCUGCCGCUGGUGUUAGACAAUAUGAUUGGAGCAGGAAGCAGGUGUUCUCAUUAUCAGUGACAGAAAUUGGAACUCUGAUUAGCCUCGGUGCUAGGGAAUCGUGUGAAUUUUUCCAUGAUCCUUUUAAGGGAAAAAGUGAGGAAGGUAAGGUUAGGAAGGUCUUGAAGGUAGAGCCACUUCCUGAUGGGUCUGGCCACUUCUUUAAUCUUGGUGUUCAAAACAAACUUCUAAACUUGGAUGAAAAUAUUUAUAUUCCAAUCACCCGAGCAGAGUUCACUGUCCUCAACUCAGCAUUCAGUUUUAUCUUGCCAUAUCUGUUAGGUUGGCAUGCCUUUGCUAAUUCCAUCAAACCAGAAGAGGCCAGUCAUGUCAACAAUGCCAAUCCCAGAUACGGAGGAGACUACGAGUGGAGCAGGUAGUUCAUAAUGGAGAUUUUUCGAAACUUUUUGUCAUAGGAUGACCUUUCUAAUCUUCAUUGUCAAUUAU